AUGAUCAAACAAACUCUCUGUUUCUGCGCGACCCUAUUCGUAGCAUUAGCAACAACAAUCUCCAAGGCCGAAACUGCCAAUCGUUCUCCGUUCUCAGUAUGCUACGUUCCACCCGGGGACUACAAUGUCAGCGCCAUCUACUUGCAAAACGUCAACAGCCUGCUCCUCGCCCUGCGCCCCAACGCGUCUCUUACUGGCUUCGCCGCCGGGGUCGCCGGACAGCCACCGAAUCGAGUUUAUGGCACAGCCCUCUGCUUUGGCGACGCCUCAAGCGUGGAUUGCAGGGGCUGCAUCGAUAAGGCCACUGAGGGAACAUCCUCCCUCUGUGGGUCUCGGCAGAUGUGGUAUGACCAUUGCGUGGUAAGAUACUCUCCUUCGAACUUCCUGGGCGUUGCCGACGCGGAACUGAUCGCCGGCAUCUACAACACUAACAACCCUGCCGCUUUGGACCGUGCCGUCUUCAACCAGCAGUUGGUAAGGCUCCUGAGCAACCUUACGGCGAUUGCCACCGGCAGCCGAUCCAGGCUGAUGUUCGCGGCCGGAGACACUUACCUCACGGCCGGUCAGACAAUCCACAGCUCGGUGCAAUGCUCAAGAGACAUCUCCCUCGUCGACUGUGGCACAUGCUUGGCAAAUUUGACCUCAAGGAUUCAGAAGGACAGCAUCGACGUGACGGACGUCAUGGUCUACUCACGAACUUGCAUUAUUGGGUACCAGCUGCUACAGCCGUCUUCUUCAAUCGCACCAAGGGUCGGGCUACAGUGGUUUGGAAGCAGCAACAUUCUUGUCGCCAUUAUUAUCUCAACAUUUUCUACAGCACUAUGGCAGCAUGCCCUUUUCCAUCUUUGA